ACGCAGACAAUUUAAUAUUUUUGGAAUAUAACGUUAGCUAGCUAGCGAACUGCCUAACUAUAACGAAAAGCACAGGUAUCCAAACAUGUGUAUAAUCAAUGUAUAUUAUUUGACCGAGUAGUCUGUAGUAUUAUUUUAGGUGGGAGGACACGCUAGUGCGUAACCAGCUAACUAGCUAAUGUUUUGAUACAUUUCUGGUAGUCAUCGAUGAUGACGCAUUUGUAAACGGAAGUGUUUUCAGUUAAACUUACGUCAUCAAGUCGCGCCUCAUUGUUUUGGAAAGCAAGCAUGGCUGGUUCAGUAACUGGCGUAGCUGUGCCUAAACAUUCUUUAUCAAAACUACAAUCUUUAAAUGGACUUUUUGCCAUUUAUAAAAAGGAAGGACCUACGUCUGCUGAUGUUUUAAACUCAUUAAAAGAGACACUCCUCAAAGAGGCCGGUGUGAAAGAUCCUAAUCCCAGAAAAAGGAAGAAGCAAGCUCUGAAAAUGGGGCAUGGCGGGACUCUGGACAGCGCAGCCUCUGGUGUGCUCGUUGUUGGGAUUGGAAAUGGAACAAAGAUGCUUAGUACUAUGCUUGCUGGUUCAAAGAAAUACAUGGCUGUUGGAGAGUUGGGAAAAGCAACAGACACCCUUGACGCCACAGGCAAGGUGGUUCAUGAGAAGCUCUAUGAUCACAUUACCAGGGAAGCCUUUGAGGAGAAGUUGAAGCAGUUCACUGGGGACAUCAUGCAGGUUCCUCCACUGUACUCUGCACUGAAGAAGGAUGGCAAGCGUCUUUCUGUCCUGCUGAAGCAAGGCCACGAGGUGGAAGCCAAACCUGCACGGCCGGUCACAGUGUAUAACCUGUCGCUGCAGGACUUCACUCCCCCCCUCUUCACUCUUGAUGUUGAAUGCGGUGGUGGAUUUUAUAUCAGAAGCUUGGUGGACGACCUGGGAAAAGCGCUCUCGUCGUGUGCCCACGUGAGGAAGCUGAUCCGGACCAAACAGGGUCAGUUUACCCUUGACGACCACACGCUGCAGGAGGAACACUGGACACUACAACACAUCGUUCAGUCCAUGCAGCCCUGUCCCGGGUCAGAGGUCACCAAGGAGGAUGGCACAAAACCAAGCCCAAACCUGGGGGUUAAACGGGCCCUGAAUGCCCAGGUGAAGGGGGAUAAGAAUGGCAAAGAUGAAACGGGGGAGUUAUAACCCCCCCUCAAAGUCACAAUGUCCCCUCUAUAUGAGAGUUUAAGGUGGUGUUUUGGUUCCUGGAGGUGUGCACUUGUUCACUCCCUCUCUUGCAUGUUAAAGCAUUGGUUUGGUGCAAGCAUGGCUGGUGGGAAUUUCCAACAUAUUCCUCAUGCCGGUCGAUUCUUUGGCGGAAGCCAGUUGAACCAGUCCCUGCACUGUUACAUGCAUCAUUUUUGUUGAUGUGUGUAUUACUAGAAUAUGAUAUUGUCAUUGGAAUUGGCCGAAGACAAUGUAUGUUUUUUGUUUUGUUUAUAGAUUAAAUCAUUUAGCAUUUUUAAAUAUUGGUUUUAUUUUCAUUAAUUGUCUUAUUUUGUCAUGCAUUUUGAGGUUUUGUUUUGAAUACUGUUCCAAUCAAAGAUCUCUACACCAUCUAGUGUUGGCACAAGAUAAGACAUGGAAGCAACUUGAAAUGUAACUCCCAUUCCUUUGUAAUUGACAUGCCAGAAUUAAUAAACAACAAAAGUCUCCACA